AAUUUGUGGAACAGAUGAAUAAAAAAAACGUAAAAAAAAUAUCUAAGAAAGCGACAUAUGAUCGCCUAAACUAACCAUAGAGUAAACUAAAUAAAGUUUUAUAAAUCGUUCGAUAGAAUGCUUAAUAUUAUUGCGACAUGCAAUUAAUAUUAUCAAUUGCUCAUGUAGCAAAUCAACAGGAAGAUCUCUGUUUCACGGACGCAGGUAGUGAAAUACUUGAGCGAUGAGUUGUGCCUAUAUAACUAUACGAAGGCCGAUCUGCGCGAGAAGGCAGGUGCCUUCUUGCUGCACGGCGGACGUGUUCAAAAGCAGGCUUCAUCGUGAUGCGGGCACAAGAAUAGCCGCCGUGAUUCUUGGAAAUAGAGUAGGGUGCUUCUUCAGAGAACUGCGAGAGGAUUCGUCGGCAUCCUUGGUUUCUGCCGGUGGCGCGAAUCGUGGAAAUUUACGAGGCCUCUCGUCCGCUUCUUUUUAUCGGUCUAUCUUGCUCACGUGCUCGUUCAUCGAAGUAUAUGCGAGCGUACGGCUUGCGUCAUUGCCUCGCGGGUCUCUGCGCGUUCGUAUGCGUUGCGGCCUACGUGUGGCUAAGAAGAGACAUGGCAACGGCGCGUGAAGCUAAACAUAUUAACUGUCGGCUCACGCCACAAAAACAACAUGAUCUCAUUCCACGGCGCAUAUGUAAGAGGCUAUCGUAUACCUCAAAAUUUCAUUCAAAAGCAACUUUAAUAACAUAAAAAAAAGAAAGUAAAAGAAAAAAAAUAAAAGUGAAAUUUCUUUCAUAAAAAAUCGUAUAAAUAAGAACAUUAUAUUAAUAAUAAAUGGUAUCUAAUAGUAAGCUAAAAGAUCACUAUAGUUUCAACUAGAAAAAAUAAUUAUAACUUUAUCGUUGAGUUGUAAGACUGGCGAUUUCUAAUUCAAUAAGCCUAACAUUAGCUGUAAGCCAUAAGCGCUUUUCCUGGAAGGCAAAAUUCCCUCACCCACUAGCCGCUUUACCUGACUAAAAGUUCCUGUACUACUGCCGACUCGGACAUGCGUAUACGAUAUAUACAUCAUAAUGUUCAUACCUCGACAUACGUUAGUGACCUAAUCUAAAUUACAUAUCUAGUUCUUCGAGGAAUAGAUUUUGAAAUUUAUUACAAUCCAUUUAAAUUUUACACGGUGAUACUGUUUCCGUUUUUUAAAUGUACGCCAUGUAAUGAAUUAUAAAAACAUCCGGAAUGUUACAUUCCGUGCGUGUUCGACCUCGUGCUUUGAGAAGUCGAACGGAGACAGGAUCAGCUUAAAGAGAAAGGCGAGCAAAAAUCGGGGCUCCAUGCUGGCUGCCACGGCGAACUGCUAAGCGGCACGCAAGCAGGCAGUCAGACGUUCAGGCAGACAACAUGGCGCCGAGAGCGUCGUCGUCACGCCGGCGUGACGUUUCCCGCGCGUCAUUAACGGAAGUGAGCCCAAAAUGGCGGAGUUUAUGGCGUUGAGGUGUGAAAGGGAAGAGAGAAAGGAGAGGACGGGGAAGAUGUCUAUGCCUGCGGGCAGUUAGGUAGGCGAUCGAGGCAGAAUGACGAGAGAUCCUGCUCCGUAGAAAGAGAGAAGGUUAGGUCGGUGGCAUAGAGAAAGAAGAAUGACUGGUAGCUGCCUUCGGCGGUAGACUAGCGUGCUGGCCGUGCUGUACGAAUGGGGCAAUGAUGGUCGAGGGGGCGACCAUUAGAUAGAAAGAGGGAAAACGACGAAAGUGAUACGUUGAACGAAGAUAGCGCUAAACGAACUGACGAGCGAGUGGGGGUAUAUAGAGGAGAGGCCGGGAAUGUGAGAAGAGAGGCUCGAGGGAACGAGAGAGUAAGAGAUGGCGAUAGAGCGGAGGGGAAAGACCAGUGAGAAGCAGCGGCAGACUCGCCGGUGGGGAAAAUUAGUUACGGCAUCCAAGACCUAAAAGGAACUCUAGCGCCGCACGGUCAGAUCGCAUCGUGCAAUGUUAAGCGUUAAGGUAGUCUCGUGCGUCGUUGACAGUGCCGGUUUCGAAAUUCGUAGUAGCUGUUACCUGCAUCGCCGUUAUACCCGGACUCGUGAUUAACGUGACGGCCAUUGCACAGGUGUGAAAAAGUCAUGUGUAAUAUUUUAAACGAAAACUUUAUAACGUGAGUGAAAUGCUCAGUGAGGAUAACUCAGUGAAAAUGAUUCAUUCAAAGCACCAACAAUCAGUGCAUCAACAACAACACCAGCAGCAGAAUAUGCGAAAAUCUGUGGGCGUUAUGGGUACUAGACGUAUUUUUCCAACGGUUUUUAAAAUCAAAGUUUUAGAUUCCUACAGACACGACAAGGAUUGUCGGCAGAAUCAGCGUGCCACUGCAAGGAAAUACGGUAUUCACCGUCGUCAAAUACAAAAAUGGUUGCAAUGUGAGGAGCAGCUCAGAAGCAGCGUUGAAAAUGGAAAUACUGGGACCGUCUCAUCGGAAACUAUUUCCGCUGCGAGUGUUUCUAAAUCGGAUAGUACUGUGACGGAAGCCACAGGGAUUACCGUGACUCCAGCAACGCCGGCCUUGAACCUCAACCUCGCCAGACAGCACGGCGACGAGCUGACUACACAGCAAGGGCCCCCACCUUCUCAUCCUCCGCAUGGCAGUGCACCCUCCUCGCCCCAAUAUAGCGUUCAGACUACUACCACCGAAACGGUUUUGCCCCUAUGCCUAACAUCUGUGAGCUAUAUUCAUCAGAAUCAAGAAUAUUCAUCAGAACGACGUUUCAACAAACAAGUUCGUUUGGUUGAAGAAUUUGACAGAUCUCGUAUACCAAAGGUUCAUGGAUAUUCGGAUACGCAAGUGGAUCAAGACUGUAAUUACUACGUAUGGAACAAAGAUGGGCAGCGAGAUGCAGAAGCAGAUUCAACGUCCAGUGCCAGGAACGAGGUAAAGGUAUAUCAAACUUUGACGAACUACCAUUUACCACAUCAGGAGCAUCGGUACAACGUGAACGAUAUUAAUAAUAGCGCUCAUAAUCAUUCACCGAAUCAUCAUUCACAGCAACGAGAACAAAGUUAUGGGAACGUCGAUUCAUUCGACGGGAGAUCGUACUGCCUGCUGCUAGCGCCGUCGAUGAUAAAGACAGAGCCAGCGAGUCCAGACACAGCGGCGACGUCAGGGGCGUACGAAUCGACGGGCUCUUCCGAUGGCCCACGAGCCCCACUCUCGCCGGUAUCGCAUCGAAGUGCCGAUAGCGGUGGCUCCUCGUCAUCCGUUCACUUUGUUGAUUCUUCACGAGCUCCUGCGAGCUCGUACUUGCACGUGCACGCUCAUGAGCACGCACACACGUGCCCACCGCUGGAUUCCAAGAAGUCGAUCCCAUCGCUUCUGCACAAGCAGGAGAAAGAAUCGGAAGAGACAACGCAGCAUACCGAAGAGAAGAGCGAGAAAGAAAUACAGGAGAAGAUAGAAUGCUGCAGGACAAUAAUCAAAGAAGAAGUGGAUUUGGAAGAUGACGAAGUGUAUGACGAGAGGGAAGAAGCAAUUGCAUCUUCAUGCAUUGAUUAUCAACGACCACCUGUUGAUGGGUCGCCACCAGAUCAAUUCAGGACCAGUUCAGGAUCGGUAAGCCCUCCGUAUGACUGCAAUGGUUACUCUUUACCUUCAAGCCCUCCUGAUUCUGCUGGAAGAUCUAGAAACAACUGGUCGGAUAGUGAGGUGGAUCCUCUCCUUCUUCCCAACAAUUCAAAUGCAGGCAAUUUCACUCGCAGACGAUCUUUUCCCUUGCGUUUUAAAUUCAAUGUUAUCAAUGCUUUCUAUUGUGACAAGGACGUAAAGGAAAAUCAACGAGCUACCGCGAGAAAAUUUAACAUAAAUCGUCGUCAAGUACAGAAAUGGUUGGAACAAGAGCCGGAGAUUAGAAAAGAAAUCGCCCUUCGAGAAAAUUCGCAGUUGAGCCCUGUCCAGGAAGUUGCUUCCGGUGACUCACCGUUGGAUUUGACGACAAGUUACGCUUCGUUACGACAAGUUUCGAAUUGUAGUUCAUUGUUGCGUGACCGACUUGAGACGGAACAUGAACAAUUGUCAACGCAUUUUGGCUGCGAUGUUGGUAUCAUCUCUUCUCAACAUCCCCCAAAUUUUCAACACUGCAUUGUAAUAGAACCAUCCUCUGAGAUAGAAUCCGUUGCACCUUGCAGUCUAUCUUGCUCUGCAGACAGUCAUACUACAAUGUCGACGACGUCUUCUUAUCAAGAACUGUCCUUAAGAGAAUCCUGUUACACAGAGCCUUCGAUUAAAACAUAUUCUUAUUCGUCCAGAGCAAAUUCCGUGGUUUCUAACUUUUCUGAAGGAUGCGAGCAAAGAUUUUCACCUCUGAAGAGACAGCAUUGUAUGCUUUCUUGCUGCUACGAUACGAUGCCGUCGCCGAAAAGAUUCUGCGAAAAAUCUUCAGAUAUGGACGACUUUUGCGAUGUACCUUCUCAAGAUGAGCCUCUUUGUCUUGUAAAACCGAAAUUGACUUCGACUAAUCAUGAUGCCAUCACUUUCAAGCCUUAUCUAGAUAAUCCCGUGAGUAAACCUAUAAAGAAAUGUGUCGUUCAACACGAUUUAUCUAUCAACAGUCAUAAUAUCAAUUACAAUAAUAAUAGUAAUUGUCAGAUAAUUUGUAAUUUCAACGAGAGUCAAAAUCACAAUUAUGAUUUUGAGCUUAAUCUGCGAGUGCCUUGGAGACCUGAUCUGUAUACAGGAUUUCCGCCUGUUGUUAGCGCCUCACUCUACAUGUAACUUUCUUUUUUGAACCCCCUCUGCAAACAAUGCAGACUCAUGGAAUAACCAUUGUGUCCAUUUCUUUUGUUUCAUUCUAUAUAGACACAUUUCUUUAAACUUAGACAAAAAAACCAUUAUACGAUCGUAUUGCAUUACAUUCAAUUAGCUUGGAGGUGUAAAGUCAGACUUGCAGGUUUCUCGGGUGAGAAUGUGCCAGUGAAAGAUCGAUUGGUGCGUGAUCUACUACACGUAGCAGACCACGUAAGCACUUAUCGUUUCCACGGAUCGUCAGUACCGUGGUAUACAUCGCGAUAAAGUCUUAAUCGGCCAUUGGACGACUCGAGGCGUGGAAGGAGAUUAUACAUGGUCGCGUCCUCGACUGGCGUCUUCUAACUUUACCAGACCUGCUCGACUCUUUACCCCUCCAUCAUCUGCUCGCUCCUCUUGAAAAAAUUGUGUAGAUAUCCUAGCAGAUUUUUUUUCACCGCUUUAUCGUUGAGAUUAGAGACCGGUGGUUAUCAGCUAGGCCGUUUAGAGGUCGAAUUCGUUUGCUAUAAUUAUAAGAUUAUAUCAGAGAGCGCAGCCAUUGCGUCGCAUCAAAAGAAAGUUCGCGGAAAGAAAUGUUUGAGCCGAAGUAUCAUGAAAUACAAUGAAUCUGUUCUUGUAGCAUUAUGUAACAAGUAUAAAAAGACAGUCUUAUAUGCAAAGAAUAUUUUUAGCUUAGUGCUUGUCUAAAUUUUCAGUUUGAUCUUAUAUCAAUAUUACAUAUUGUUUCGUACUGAGCCAUUGCAUCAGACAAAAACAACAUUUUCAGGUCAUGUUCCUUCCAUUUUGUCUAUUUUCUACGUAAAGCUAUCCACGGGCGUUGAUCGCAUGAUUUCUUAGUAGCACGCCACCCAUAGCUUUCCGCGAACUGGUCGCGCGAUCGCAUUCAUUACUCAGUCGUGAAUAUUCGAUCUGCAAAAAUCAUUUAAUUGCUCAAACAAUUUCUUCCAUGCGCACAUAUAUCACGCGUAUCGUAUUAUAAAAAAAAAACUUUGUCAUCUCCCUUCUCAGUGUUUGAAACUUGUUGAGUCUUUCUUGCUUUCGUGUUUUCAUUGUUCUCUCUUAAGUGGCCCGUCUCUUAAAUGGCCUGUAAAUAUGUAAAAAUGUAAAUAUGUAAAUAUCGAAAGGAAUAAAAACAUUAUUAAAUUUCCACUGUAUACUCCUAUGUAUUCAGUGGCUAUAUGUACAGUGUUAUUUUAAAGUUUAGAGUUUAAUCGAUUUUUCCAUUUGGGAAAAAUAUUCUAUUUUUGUAUGAAUCCGAAUCUAAAAAAAUGAAAAAAAAAGUUAAAAAAGACUAUGAGAGAAGAUGGGAAUUCGAAACAAAAUGAACCACUUCCGCAGAGACCAUUUCUCGUGCCUUCUUUUUCUCAAGAUGUGAGACAAGAUGUGAAUAAUUUUUUAUGCUUGAUAAAGACGCAUAUUUAUGCGCUUGUAGUCACGCAUAUAUUAAUAUUUUUUAGAAUAUAAUAGACACGUUAGAAAGCGCGAACAGAUUCGCUCGUUGUGCAUCUCGUUCUCUGUGAAUUAAUUUGCCGGAUAAUGACGAAGAUAUUAUGUGAUUAAACGUUAUUAACGACGGGAAGUCAUUGCAUAUUUGCCGAACGUAAAACGAUGAUGAUUAAUUUGUUAAGUUGACGGUAAAAUCGGACGAGGUGAGCAAAGGGAAUUAAAAAGAUACACGAGAACGGCUCUGAAAGAAUAUUACGUGCCUUAUGUAAUAUAUUUAUAUUUUAAUUGUAUAAUUGCGCAUGCGAGGCAUCGUAGGAAUAUGUGUGUGUGUGUGUGUGUGUGUGUGUGUGUGUGUGUGUGUGUGUGUGUGCGCAAUAAGACAAAUCACGUAUCAGUUGUACAAUGUUAUAUACAUCAAUUGUAUAAUGUUGAAAAAUAUAGAAUAAUAUUAUGUGAAAUAGAAUUAGUAUCUAGAAUAGACAACUUAGAAAGGUGAUUGUUCUAACGAUGAUUAGUCAUAUUACUUAUAUCAUUUAAAUUAUAAAAGUUUCCUUUGAAUUCGACGCCGUUAAUCGACGUCAAGUAAUUCAGACGAAAAGAAAGCUGUGUAUUUUGGUAUCGAGUCAAUUCUGUCACUAAAUAUCAUAUGAGCAAUAAAUAACGAGCAAGUCAUUUAAAAUAUCUAAGUGCUUACAUUUUGACAAUCAAUAUUCAAUUAUUUCUCCACAGAGACAGAGAAACUGUUUACGAGCUUUUAAAUUUUAUUAAUGUUAUUUAAUUCUUGAACUUCUUUAUUAAAAUUCUUUAAAAAACUUUAAAUUCUUUAUUCUAAACGCUAAACUCUUUGUUUGAGAAAAAAACGUAUUUAAAAACAGAUUUUCUUUAUUCUUUUGUACGUUGCAAAAUUUCUACUAACGAAUUUUUAAAAUAUUUGUAUUCUUUGUAUAAUUAUCUCUGGUUAUCACAAGAUUUUUUGUUCAUAAAGUUAGAAAGAUUUAUAAUUUUAAACUGAUUAUUUUUUUUAUUCUUGCAUCGUGGAGGACAGGUGUAACAAUUUUAGGUAAAUGUUUCAGGCUUUAUUAGUUCCAGCGUUAUUUUGGCCUCAAGCAAUACUUAAACAUGUGUCUGUCUUUAUUUAUUUAAAAAGAAAUAAAAACAGACACAUUUAAAUCCCGCUUAAAGCCAUACUAACGUUUGUGAAAUCGGGCCUUAGUAUGAAUGAACUCUCGUUCCUAAUGCACUGAGAUCGAGAUGCAUUACGAUCCUCGAAUAGAUAAGUAAUUUCUUUAUGUCUGACUUUGCUGGCGAAUUAUCAGAGGGGAAACUUUUGUGAAUCAUCGUUAGUUGAUCGUAAAGAAACCCGUAUUAGAUUAUAAGAGAUAUCUUCCUUAGACCGGAAAGAAGUAUGGCGAUAUCGAUCAUAGUUCAUAACGUAGGUUUUCCUCAAUUUUCUUAUAUCAGUCGAUCAAAUUCUGAAACGAUUACAUCGCACUUAAAAUAAAUGUUAAAAGCAAAAGAAGAAAUUGUGUGGUUACGAGUGUGACUUUAUAGAGAUUGUUAAUAUUUUAAUAAUCGAUUCGAGGAAAUUGAUACUGAGCGAAUUUCUAAACAAUCAAACGGUUGCCAGGCGACAGGCAAGAAGGGCAAUUUUGUAAAUCACUGCUGCAGACAGGGCAGUUACGUUAAUGUUUCAAUAUUCACGCUUAAUCGAGCUCAUUCAUGGCACGGCAUUAUCCAACGCGAUUGCCUGCGCGAUCGCUUCGUACCGAGCUCUAAUUUAUUGUCUCACGAAUAAUAAAUUUAUGACGUAAUUAUAAUAAUUACUCUCUUGGGGUUACAUAUCCUAACAUAUGAUCAAAAAUAUUUCUCUCUUUUACAUUUCUUUUUGGAUAGGAAGAAAUAUAAAUUUUACUUAAUGCUAUUUUUUUAAGUACUUUAAAAAAUACAGAAUUUUCAACUUGUUACUUUAUUAUUAUUAUUAUUAUGCCUAAAGGAACAAAUCUAUUUCAUAGAACAAUUCGCCAGCCAAGUCCGAGGAUCGAAAGCUAGAACAAAAUAAAUAGGUUCCGUGCCUUGCCCGCGAUCGCUAAUAGUGGUCAAGGAGGCAGUGUACAAUAAAAAAGUUUAGCGUAAUCGUAAGCCAUAAUAAAUUACAUAAUGCCAUAAUACAUUUUACAUAAUAAGGGACCGCAUGACGAAAAAAAGAUUUUUGAUCGUGCGAAAAAAUAAGUCGUCAAAGAGUGUCUUCUUGUGUGCAUGUGUACAUCGGAGUGCAUUCGAGUAUACGUCUAUAUUUGUGUGUUGUAGUACGUAUGUUACGCAGCCCACAAGAGUCUGUUAACGAGAGGCAUAAAGCGUAUACAAGCAAUAUUUUUUAAGUGCAUAGAAGGGGGAGUCUCGUGGGCGAGCCCCCGCGUUUUAUAGUCCGUACAACACACAAGUAAAUAUGUUGUAUGCAUAAUGGUCGUAUUGUACGUGUACAAAGAAAGUUUAUAUAUUUAUGUAUAUGUAUAUAUAUAAAUUUAGAGUGAGGCAUAUACACGUAUAUAUACAUAUAUAUACAGAUAGAGAAAAGAUAAAUUUAUCUACUUAUAUAUACAUAUGCAUAUCGAAAAUUUAUAUUUUGAUACGAUCAACUUACAACGACAAACGCGCCUCUAAAUUCGUCAGGUGCCUUCGAAUUGCUCGUGCCUUACGGUUUCUCGCGCGAGGGGGAAGCAAGAACCAAAAGCGCCGCCAAGUAUCCUUUGCCGAUAAGCGUACAUAUAUAUUUAUUGUAUUGUAUUUGUACGAAAUUGUGCGUAAGUUAUGUACCAGUGCCCUCCUCGCGCGCAAUAUCAGUAUUUCAACUAUUCCUUAUUUAUUGUUCUAUUGUGUCGCGAUGACAUGAAGAUUCACCGAUCCCGCAACGGGACUUCGGUGGACCUCGGUGUAACUUUGUGUGCGCCGUCAUCUCUAUGCCUUCCCGAUCACAUUACUUCGCAGAAAUGUCGAGUUUCUCUUGUCACACUCUUGCGUGCAAUCGAUGUAAUUCGCACGGCCGAAGACUCCACGAUUAUACGGCGCUGCGUUGCUUAUCGACGUAUUAUCUUACGUAUAUUUGGCACGUACGUGGUCAACGUUGAGAAAGAAAGGAUAACACAGAAAACAAGCGCGGUUCCUUCGACGUGUGGCAGCUCAAAAAUGCGACAGUCGUUGAAUCGAACAGUUUAUCGGUUUAUUUUCAUGUUGCAAACGAUUACGAUAGCGUUAUUAACUAUUUUAUUACAUGCCUUUUUUUCUCAUCAUUAUGAUUAUUAUUAUCAUCAUUAUCGAGUUUUGUCUGAAACGACCACAUCUCCGUCAUUGUGAUUUAUCGAGAGGAAACAAAUGGAAGAAAGAGAGAGAGAGAGAGCGCGCAUGUGUGUAUGUGAAUAUCUACAGUAAAGUAUCGAGAACGAGAGUGAAAAUGUAUGAUCUUAGUGUCCAAGGAGUGCAAGAGAAAGGCGUCGAGAUACGAAUCCUUUUUUGUACGAUGAGAAACGUAAAAAUUAUUGUAUUAAAUAUUGUAUCAUAUACACACAAUGCCUAUAUAGAUUGAUGCGUAUGAAGCGGGCCAAAUAACACGAAAGUGCCCGUUUUGGCACUCAGAACGUUUUGACACGCUUUAUAUGGUAUAGAAUCUAUCGAAUUUGAGAGAAAAUAUAAGAGAUUAUUUUAAAAAAAAA